GGCGUUUCCCUGUUGAAGUUUAGUUUCACUUUUGACUAAUGUUGUGACGCAGAUUAUUUUCUCCCCCAGGAGGUAGAGAGUGUGUGUGAGCUGAUGUGGAUGUGAACUCAGCAGAAUGGAUCAGUGUGAGGCCAGAGAGGAGGGAGCCCCUCCCUCUAAAACCACUCUGUGUGGGGAACAUGAGAGCCAGACCAGAGCUCAGAGCCCAGAGCAGCAGCACACACCAGACUCCGCUGGACCUGGACCUGGACCUGGACCUGGACCCAGCUCUGCAUCUGUGAAGAACAACUGGAUCCAGCAGCAGCGACCAGACUCCCCUGAACCCAGCUCUCUGUCUUUAAAGAGCGACUGGUCGAAGGAUAUUUUUACUGAUUUUAAACGACACCAUUUACCUGUCAAUAAGAUCCAUCAGAGACCAGACUCUAUUGGACCUGAACCCAGCUGUGUGUCCUUCAACAGUGCGUGGUCAAAGGAUAUUUUUACAGAUUUUAAACAACAGCAUUUAUCUGAUACAGGAGUGCACCAGGAGAGCUCAGAGGUUCCCAGUGGUCAGUCUGCCCAGCAGCAUCAAACACACCUGGACUCCAUAUUUAUGCUGAUGGAGGAGAACAUUAGCACUUUUGUGAAGAACGAGUUGAAAAAAAUCAAGAGGGUUCUGAGUCCAAAUUACCCAGAAUGCUUAGAGAGUCAGGGGGAGGAUGAGGAGGUGUUGGGCGAUGAGGAUGAAGAGCAGAGGAGGAGCAGCAGAGAGGCAUUUCUGAAGAUCACAGUGAACUUCCUGAGGAGACUGAAGCAGGAGGAGCUGGCUGACUUUCUGCAGAGCAAAUCUCCUGUUAUGUGCCAACCUAGACUCAAAUCUAAUUUGAGGAAGAAGUUCCAGUGUGUGUUUGAGGGGAUUGGUAAAGCAGGAAACCCAACCCCUCUGAAUCAGAUCUACACAGAGCUCUACAUCACAGAGGGAGGGUCUGGACAGGUCAAUGGUGAACAUGAGGUCAGACAGAUUGAAACAGCGUCCAGGAAACCAGAUAGACCAGAAACAACCAUCAGACGAGAAGACAUAUUUAAAGCCUCCCCUGGAAGAGAUGGACCAAUCAGAACAGUGAUGACAAAGGGAGUGGCUGGCAUUGGGAAAACAGUCUUAACGCAGAAGUUCACUCUGGACUGGGCUGAAGACAAAGCUAACCGGGAGAUACAGUUCACAUUUCCAUUCACUUUCAGAGAGCUGAAUGUGCUGAAAGAGAAAAGGUUCAGCUUGGUGGAACUUGUUCAUCACUUCUUUACUGAGACCAAAGAAGCAGGAAUCUGCAGGUUUGAACAGUUCCAGGUCGUGUUCAUCUUUGACGGUCUGGACGAGUGUCGACUUCCCCUGGACUUCCACAACACUGAGAUCCUGACUGAUGUCACAGAGUCCACCUCAGUGGACAUGCUGCUGACAAACCUCAUCAGGGGGAAACUGCUUCCCUCCGCUCGCCUCUGGAUAACCACACGACCUGCAGUAGCCAACCAGAUCCCUCCCGAGUGUGUUGACAUGGUGACAGAGGUCAGAGGGUUCACUGACCCACAGAAGGAGGAGUACUUCAGGAAGAGGUUCAAAGACGAGGAGCAGGCCAACAGGAUCAUCUCCCACAUCAAGACAUCACAAAGCCUCCACAUCAUGUGCCACAUCCCAAUCUUCUGCUGGAUCACUGCUACAGUUAUGGAUGAUGUGUUGAAAACCAGAGAAGAAGGACAGCUGCCCAAGACCCUGACUGAGCUGUACAUCCACUUCCUGGUGGUUCAGACCAAAGUGAAGAACAUCAAGUAUGAUGGAGGAACUGAGACAGAUCCACACUGGAGUCCAGAGACCAGGGAGAUGAUUGAGUCUCUGGGAAAACUGGCUUUUGAGCAGCUGCAGAAAGGAAACCUGAUUUUCUAUGAAUCAGACCUGACAGAGUGUGGCAUUGAUAUCAGAGCAGCCUCAGUGUACUCAGGAGUGUUCACACAGAUCUUUAAAGAGGAGAGAGGCCUGUACCAGGAGAAGGUGUUCUGCUUCGUCCACCUGAGCGUUCAGGAGUUUCUGGCUGCUCUUCAUGUCCAUCUGACAUUCAUCAACUCUGGAGUCAAUCUGCUAUCGGAAGAACAAACAACCUCUCAGACGUCUGAAACAAAACAAGACAAAUCCGCAGAGACAAACUUCUACCAAAGCGCUGUGGAAGAGGCCUUACAGAGUCCAAAUGGACACCUGGACUUGUUCCUCCGUUUCCUCCUGGGUCUUUCACUUCAGACCAACCAGACACUCCUACAAGGCCUGUUGACACAGACAGGAAGUGGUUCACUGACCAAUCAGGAAACAGUCUUCUACAUCAAGAAGAAGAUCAAAGAGACUUCCUCUGCAGAGAAAACCAUCAACCUGUUCCACUGUCUGAAUGAACUGAAUGACCAUUCUCUAGUGGAGCAGAUCCAACAGUACCUGAGUUCAGGAAGUCUCUCCUCAGAAAAACUGUCUCCUGCUCAGUUGUCAGCUCUGGUCUUCAUCUUACUGUCAUCAGAAAAAGAUCUUGAUGUGUUUGACCUGAAGAAAUACUCUGCUUCAGAGGAGGCUCUUCUGAGGCUGCUGCCAGUGAUCAGAACAUCCAAGACAGCUCUGUUGAGUGGCUGUAACCUCUCAGAGAGAAGCUGUGAAGCUCUGUCCUCAGUUCUUAGCUCAGAGUCCUCUAGUCUGAGAGAGCUGGACAUGAGUAACAACAACCUAAACGAUUCAGGAGUGAAGCUGCUUUCUGCUGGACUGGAGAGUCAUCACUGUUCACUGAAAACUCUCAGGCUGUCAGGCUGUCUGGUCACAGAGGAAGGCUGUGCUUCUCUGGCUUCAGCUCUGAGCUCUAACCCCUCCCACCUGAGAGAGCUGGACCUGAGAUACAAUCAUCCAGGAGACUCAGGAGUGAAGCUGUUGUCUGCUGGACUUGAGGAUCCAUACUCAAGACUGGACACUCUCAGUUAAUGAUUGUUAUGGCCUCCAUAACCAAACCAGAGGCUCAACUGGAAAAUGGAGCAUAUAAAGGACGGCAACACAAAUGAGAUGCCAAGAAAGAAAUAAUCAUAGAAAUUUUAAACAAAGCAAACCCUACGAAAAAUACUUAAGAAAAACGAAAGAGGGUUGAAGAUCCCAGCGCAAAAGAACAACAGGGGCCACGCAACGGGCUGUGAGUCUCCCCCCUAGACUGCCUAAGGAAAACUAACUCAACCAAAACAAAAAAACAAUAACUGGACUACUGGUGAUCUCCAACCCAGAAAAUAAAAUAAGAAACUAAAACAACAACCCAAAAACCAACACUCAGGCUGGGAAACAAAGAACUACUUGGGGAGAAGAGUCAAGAAGUUUGCAGACACAGUGUAGCAAGUGAGGUCAGCUCUCCUCUCUUCUUCUCAGGUCCCCCCUUUUCUGUCUGGAUGUUAAUCAGAAUCAGGUGCUUCACUCCUACAGGAGAAGACAGAAGGAGUGCCAGGCAAACAACAAAAAACUAUAUACAAACUAUAUAAAAAACAUAUACAGAGCCGUGUUUAAAAAAGAUGAGUGUAAGUCUUUUGUUUCACAACAUAAACAUUUGUUGAACAUGAAAAGGAAAUGUGUAGGUGGUCUCCAAGGAGUACAUUAAAUGAAAAAACAUGUACAAAUCUCUGCAUGUUAAAGUAGCUGUGAAUAUAUUUUUCUGCCCUCUGACCCUGGAUUAGAUUAGUUCAAUCUCUUUGCAGACUUAGAUUCAUAAGAUAUUUAGCCUAGUUCAGUACAAAAACAUUUAUUAUCCAUACAUCCAUCCAUCCACCCAUUCCUCCAUCCAUCCAUUUUCUUCAGCUUAUCCAAGGUUGCGUUGCCGUGGCAGCAGGUCAAUCAAAGUAGUCCAGACGUUCCUCACUCCUGCAAUAUUCCAGCUCCUCCUGGGGGACAGAUGUGAUAAAUAAUCUCUCCACUGCGUUCUGGGUCUACCCCAAGGCCUCCUACCAGUUGGACAUGCCUGGAAGACUUCCAAUAGAAAGCUCCCAGGACGCAUCCUGACCAGAUGACUGAACUAGCUCCUUACAACGCAAAGGAGCAGCUGCUCUACUCCAAGCUCCCUCCAGAUGUUAGCACUCCGUACCCUAUCUCUAAGGCUGACGCCAGCCACCCUGCAGAGGAGACUCAUUUCAGCCACAUGCAUGCAUAAUCACUACCCAGAGCUCCUGACCACCUUCCAGUUCAGCUCCCUCUUCAUUACAACGGUCCGGUACAAUGCCCAUUUUACUGCUGAUGCCACACUGAUCCACCUGUCAAUCUCCCACUCCAUCCUACCCUCACUCUUGAGCAAGACCCCAAGAUACUUAAACUCCUUUUCUUGGGGCCAAACCUCCAUCCCAACCUGAAGAGAACUAUCCACUGUUUUCUGGUGGAGAACCAUGGCCUCAGACUUGGAGGUGCUGACCCUCAUCCAAACUGUUCCACACUUGGCUGCAAACCACCCCAGUCAAUGCUGAAGGUGGUGGUCAGGAAGUGGAAGCAGGGCUUAGUCCAGGCUGUAUUCACCAUGUGGGACAACUGCCAACCACUGCAAGUGGAAGGGGCACUUUAAGGAACUCCUAAACCCAACUAAAAUGUCUUCCCAGGAGGAGACAGAGUCUGGAGAUCAAGAGAAAGCCUUGCACAUAUCCAUGGCAGAGUUCACUAAGGUAAUCAAGAAGCUCCACAGCAGCAAGGCGGCUAGAGUAGAUGACAUUCGCCCUGAGAUACAGAAGGCUCUGGACAUUGUAUCUGGCUUGGUUGACACCACUCUUCAAUGUCGCUGCUCAGCCUCCUGGGGGAAAGCCUAUUUCAGGGUGCUGGAAAAGAGGUUCUGGACGAUUGCCUAAUUGUCUGUCUUGUCUAGAUUGUCUAGUAUAAUAAUUAGUUAAAACUGUGCUUGAACCUGACAUCUGCAGCACAGGACUUUUGAGAUUCUGAGAUUUGAGAUUUAAGUGUGUUUGUCAAAAUGA